CCCUCAAGGCCCCCUCUCCCCCCACCCCCCUCUCUCUCUCCCCUCCCCCCUUCCUCUCUCUCUCUCCGGUCAAAGAAGCGAGAGAAAGAGAGAGACGGAAAGAGACGAAAGAGACCGGCAGAGAGCGCAGAGAAGGAAGGGAGCGAAGCCAAACCAGAAGCAACAGUCGAAGCGCUGGGAGAAACGCGAAAGAGAAGAGCGAAACCCGAGAGCCUUCCUUCUCUCCCUCUCUCCUCCUUCCUUCUCUCCCUCUCUCCUCCCAAGAAACGACCUCGCCUCUCUCCGAGAGUGGCAGAACAGAAAAGUUUACAUGGAGAGAACCUCCCCUCCUUCUCGAAGUGGGAGACCGAGCAGACCAGACAAGAAGGAGAGAAAGUGAAAGAACAGGAAGGAAGAGCCCUCCCUCCUUCUCUCCCCUCUCCCUCCCUCCUUCUCUCCCUCGCAGCUCCCUCUCAAGGCUCAGGAGAGACCCCACACGACACGGCAGGACUGCUCUCCCUCCCUCCUCCUUCUCUCCCUCUCCCCCCCUCCCGUUCUUCUCCUCCCUCCUUCUCUCCCAGCCACACCAGCACCCCCCAUACAACCGCUUCUCCCCUCCCCUCCUUCUCUCCCCUUCCCUCGCCUCCCUCUCCCUCUCCCUCCCUCCUUCUCUCCCCUCUCCCUCCUCCUUCUCUCCCUCUCCCUCCUUCUCUCCCUCCCCUCCUUCUCCCCCUCCCUCAAAGAAGCGGGGGGACGGGAGGGCUGAUACAGUCUCCCCCUCCCCCUCCCUCCUUCUCCCCCUCCCCCUCCCUCCUUCUCCCCCUCCCCUCCCUCCUCCUUCUUCCCCCUUCCCCCUCCCUCCUCUCCAGCCCCCCCCCUCCUCCUUCUCCCCCUCUCCCUCCUUCUCCCCCCCUCCCUCCUCCUCUCCCCCCUCCCUCCUUCUCCCCUCCAAAAGCCGGAGACAACUCCUUCUCCCCCCUCCCUCUUCCUCCUUCAUCCCUCUCCCUCCUUCACUCCCCCUCCCUCCUUCUCCCCCCUCCCUCUCUCCCUCUCCCUCCUUCUCACGGCGAUCAAAGAGUCAAUAACAGAAAAGAACCCUCUUCGAAAGACAGUCCUUCCUUCUCAGGAGAGCCCUCUCCUAUCCUCUAUCCCUCCCUCCUUCAGAGCCCACUUCCCGGAGGAACACGCACACUCUCCUUCUCUCCCUCCCUCCUUCUCUCCCCUCCCGACCUUCCCUCCCUUCUCUCCCUCCUCCUCCCUUCCCUCUCCCCUUUCUCUCUCCCAGAUGUCUACAAAACAUUACCCUUCGAGGAGGCGAAAGAACUUGGCUUGGAGAUUCAGCCUUCAAGGAAAGCAGCUGCGUUUGUCAAUGCCUUUCUAAAGCGUUGUAUACCGAAGCUGAAAAAGGUGUCGGUGGAGGAGUGGCUGCAGAGGAAGGCCGUAAUCCUGGAGCAUGUCCACAAGAAGAAGAAGAGGAAACACAACAAGGCCAAAGGACUGACCGCCAAGGAGCGCCGAGAAAUGAGGCUGUUCGAGAUCAAAGCUGACCAACAGAGAUACGACAUGUUUCUUCCUCUUCAUGAUCUUUGGAAACAGUACAUCCGAGACUUGUGUAACGGGUUGAGGCCAGACGCGCAACCACAGAUGAUCCAGAAUAGGCUUCUAAAGGCCGAUAUGCAUGGAGCGCUGGUUGUGGUAUCAAAAUCAAAGUGUCCAUCCUAUGUCGGCCUCACAGGCAUCAUUUUACAGGAGACGAAACAUGUGUUCAAAAUAAUCACAAAAGAAGAUAAACUGAAAGUUGUUCCAAAGCUGAACUGCGUCUUCAGUGUGGAAAUUGACGGAUUUAUCACGUACAUCUACGGGAGUAAGCUUCAGAUGAGAGCCAGCGAGAGGUCGGCCAAAAAAUUUAAAGCCAAAGGAAGCAUAGACCUGUAA